CCCGUGCCUCAGGGCCAGGGUGGUGAGUGUCGGGGGAGGAGAAACCAAGUUUCACUUCCUUGCUGGUUGGAGACUCUCCACAGCAGGCUUCUCGCUCAGAGGAGGAGACGGUGUGGAGCGGUUGGAACCCAUCUCUCUCUGCCUCUUCCCAUAGCACCCGGCAGGGGCUCAGGAGACGUGAGGAGUGCGAAUGGGCAGAGCAGAAUCUCUAGAAGGGAAGAUGAGCGCCCAGGAUCCUUCAGAUCUGUGGAGCAGAUCAGACGGAGAAGCUGAGCUGCUCCAGGACUUGGGGUGGUACCACGGCAACCUCACACGCCAUGCGGCCGAGGCUCUUCUCCUCUCCAACGGACGUGACGGAAGCUACCUUCUGAGGGACAGCAACGAAAGCACCAGGCUGUACUCUCUCUCUGUGAGAGCCAAAGAUUCUGUCAAACACUUUCAUGUUGAAUAUACUGGAUAUUCAUUUAAAUUUGGCUUUAAUGAAUUCUCAUGUUUGAAGGAUUUUGUCAAGCAUUUUGCAAAUCAGCCUUUGAUUGGAAGUGAGACAGGCACUCUGAUUGUUCUGAAACAUCCCUAUCCAAGGAAAGUGGAGGAACCUUCCAUUUAUGAAUCUGUCCGGGUUCACACAGCAAUGCAGACAGGGAAAACGGAGAGUGACCUUGUGCCCACUGCACCUUCUCUGGGGACCAAAGAGGGUUACCUCACCAAACAGGGGGGCCUGGUCAAGACUUGGAAAACAAGAUGGUUCACGCUGCACAGGAAUGAGCUGAAAUACUUCAAAGACCAGAUGUCACCAGAGCCAAUUCGGAUCCUAGACUUAACAGAAUGUUCAGCUGUACAAUUUGAUUAUUCACAGGAAAGAGUAAACUGUUUUUGCUUGGUGUUUCCAUUCAGAACAUUUUAUCUCUGUGCAAAGACAGGAGUAGAAGCUGAUGAGUGGAUCAAGAUAUUACGCUGGAAACUGUCUCAAAUAAGAAAGCAGCUUGACCAAAGGGAAGGCACAAUCCGAUCUCGGUCAUUCAUCUUUAAAUAGACCUUCCCUAAGCAAGGAUGCCCUGACCCAGGAGCAGGGCAGAUGGUCCCUGAUGAUGUGAUCCACAGCAGGCUUCAGAUGAAGGCUGACUAGGAUUUUUCUUUCAAAACAAACCAAAGGCACAUGCAGAUUUGGCCCUUUCGGAACCCACCACAUUUGCUGACACACGGGUAACUGCUUGCCCUUCAGGACUUUGUCAUGUCCGUGAGAAUACCAAAGCUAUCAUCGUUCUGAUGGAAGCCAAUGAAACUACCAGCCGGGUCGCGCUAACUCUUAGAACAUGCAGUAGAAGAUAAACGGCUUUUGUUUCCCUCACUGAGGGCCCCGAGCUGCGUGGCGCGAGGUGCCUGGCAUCCCAUUCUGCAUCACCGUCAGCUCCUCCGACAGACAGGUUGUGCCAUCAACCAGGAAGGGAACAGCUCUGUGCUUUGACUGCUUCUACGGAAAGUGUAUAGAGACAGCCAACAGCAAGAAUUGAGGGUGGGCGGCAGGGUUGGUUCUGCUUUUUUUUUCUUUAUACAGAAAACCAGACAAAACUAAAAUGGGAAAUUUCUUUUCUCUUUGUAACAGUCUCGGAAAUCUAGUGGGUCCUUUCUUUCCUUCUAAUGAUAAGCCUGUGAAAAGUACGUGUCCUCCAGACUCUUAGGUAGGAUAAGAGAGAAAAGGAAGGUAAAAUCUAAAAAAUAUCUCUUAAUCAAUUUGGGGGAAACAUUUUAAAGAGUAAAACAAUAUAACUUGAGGAAAGGUAAUACAAUGGUAGGUAACUUGUAGUAUAAUAAUAACAAUCUGCGUUAUUAUUAUUAUUAUUAGAACAACAAUAGAGUACUUGUAAGCGCUCAGUUGUCUUCAUCCAACAUUUCUGCAACAGACUGAGAGACUUGUCCAGCGGAGUGGUUGAGAUAGUCCCUUCCCAGGGCUAGCUGCAGGCCUUGGCCUGGGGCAAGUAGGAAUGAAUCCUGUUGCACUGAGACCGUAGGCACCCCUGCGCCUUAUUCAAGAGCAACUUCUGUGGCCAGCGAAAGGAGCAACACUACGUCCACAUGAAAUGAACAAUGAUGUGUUACACCACAUUUUCCAACUAGAAUAAGAGGAUUGAAAUAGGGUAAUAACAUACUGGCAUCCAGAGCUCAAUUCUGACUCCUUCUCUUGUCUUUAUUAAUACUGCUUUUUUUAGAUAGAAGUUUGAAGGGAAAUAAGAGUGGAGGAAGACCCCACAUACAAAAGACUAUGGUGUGUGGUGCGAAGCUAAUGACAGAACACUGCUUUUGCAGUUUCAAAUGCGUACCUUGAUGACUAAGUUUCUUCUGUUACUUAAACAUCCAGGACUCAGAGAUUAAAUUACAUUUUUGUGUAUUUCAACAAGGUUUUUCAUGUAUUUUGUUGUUUGUAUCAUAUGAAGUAAAGCAAAUGGCAACUUAAAAUUGUAUUAUGUCAAGUUCAUGAAGUAAGCAGUUGCAAAUGAUUCCUCACUGAGAUGUGCAGGUUCAUGUUUUAUUUUCUUAGAAUGAAGAGUUUUUCUUUAUGUAGGUAGUAUUGUUCCUAUUUUUUGUAAAAUAUGUCCUGUUUAUUUAUAUUCUUUGGUUAAGUUUAUUAAAAAGCAUUUUGCUGUGCCUGUAA